UUUAAGAUCAUAGUUUUUAGGAACACGUUUAGUUGUCUUUGUAAUACAGUACAAUUCGAUGGUAUUACUGAGAAUUCAACGCAAAAAUUGGUAAAAAUGUCUGGCAUUGCAAUUGCAAGACUCGCCGAGGAACGUAAAGCAUGGAGAAAAGAUCAUCCGUUUGGUUUUGUGGCAAGGCCGACCAAAAAUCCAGAUGGUACCCUUAACUUGAUGAGUUGGGAAUGUGCAAUUCCAGGAAAAAAAUCUACACCUUGGGAAGGUGGUUUAUACAAGUUACGUAUGAUCUUUAAAGAUGAUUAUCCUUCCAGUCCACCAAAAUGCAAAUUUGAACCGCCAUUGUUCCAUCCAAAUGUUUAUCCAUCGGGAACAGUUUGCCUAUCAUUACUAGACGAAGAAAAAGACUGGCGACCUGCAAUAACAAUUAAACAAAUACUUUUAGGCAUCCAAGAUUUACUCAACGAACCAAAUGUCAAAGAUCCAGCCCAAGCAGAAGCGUACACUAUUUAUUGUCAAAAUCGCUUGGAAUAUGAGAAACGAGUACGAGCACAAGCACGAGCAAUGGCACCGCAAGAAUAAGAAAUAAAUCAACAUUAUACUUAACACGAAUAAUAACCGUGUUAAUAUAUAAUAACAACAUCUAAUUCAUCUUUAGCAACAUUAUUUUUAGUUAACUGAUUCGAUAAAUAUUUUUUUAUAAGUAAAAAGAAAAAGUGGAAAAAGAAGAUUCAAUAUAUAUAGUGAUAUAAUAUAUAAAUUAUAUUAACAAA